AUGCAAAAAGAAGAUACUAGCGAUAAUAUAUUGGCUUACCCUUCAUUUGGAAGCAAUAUUAACGCCAAGAACAUUCAAGCAGUCGCUUCAAGCGAUAUAAUGCAUCAUAUCAAUAUUUUCGAUCUUGGACUUUACAGAAUAAAAAGUCACUGCCAUUACGAUCUUGGGUUGGCUAAAACUUCAGAUUAUUCCAUAUUCUAAGUUGAGAUAGUCAAUGAAGAAGUAUAAAGAUGGUUCUAAGGAAGAUUCAUUCUUGAAAUCUGGAAUAAGAGUGGCGAACGAAUUUUCUAAAAGAUACUAAGAGAAGAGAUCACUCAAUGGAAACUCUAUAAUAAUACCUUCUUAUUCAAAGGAGCAAGCUAAUCACCAGUGAUAUACCUAAUCUGGCUAAAUGAAAAGAAAAUGGCUGCAAUUAAGCACCCUUAUGAAGAUAAUAGAGUUGAUUCAAAAGAAAUAACCACCACCAUUUCUCAAUAUCAGAAUUCUGAGGAAAACUAACUGCCAAUAGUCGAGAAGGAUUUUUCAGGAAUCAUUCAUAAUGAAAGAAUCUUCUAAUUGAUAAACAAUCCAAAUAAAAACGAAAUCAUUUUCAUUUGUGUUGGAGACAACUUCUAACUUGUGUACUAUAAACUUGUCUAGAAUAAAACCUCUGAGAAGCGACAGAUUUCUUUACAAGUAAUAGAAACAGAUUAGAAUGUUUAGAAAAAGUUAAAAACAAGGAUUGACAAGAAAUAAUAAAAACUGAUUGAGAGCUUAGCUGAUGUUUAAUAGAUCCAACUAAUAUUCAAAAAUAAUACUGCUUACUUGGUAGUUUUAAGGAAAAAUUAAGUUUUUGAGCUAGUUGAAAACUUCCUCUAAACUGUUUAUGUUGAAUAAAGGCUUAACCUAGUUAAACUACUGCCUGCUUUUGGAGAUAGAAUAACUUUCCAAUUUUCAGAUAACUCAAUCUAACAGUCACCAUCCUUGGAUAAAAUUUCUGAGAAACUUUUCCUUACUGAGGAUGAGUACUUCAAACAGCAGAUUAGCAUUCCUUAAUCAUCUCCUCUCUAUGAUAUUCACAAAAAUAUUCACUUCUACCAAGACUCAUUGAUCAUAAACGAGCAGCUUUUCUUGAUAAGAGACAAUUAAAUAUUUAUUAUCGAUACGUUGAGUAAAGAAAUUCUUUAUAAGUUCUUCUAAAAACAUAAGGUCCUAAGUCUUCACAAACUCAAGUCUCAAAGUGAGGAUGAAAGAGGCUACAAGGUAACUCAAUACAGAGUCAUUUCUGUUCAUUAAAAUGGUACUUUAUAAGCAUUUAUCCCAGACGAUAAUCAUCAAGUUACUAAAUGGUAGAGGCAAGAGAUUAGCUAAACUAACAUUGUUUAACAAAAAGAAAAUGUAGUUUCAGCCUUUUAGAAUUAGACUUCUCUUAGCAAUCUGUACAUUGUGUCUCAAACAUCAUCAGAAGGAUUGAAAGUCUAUCAAAUGUAAUUCAAUAAGUAGAUCAUAGAGCUGAACCUUAAACUUAAAAAAGGAGAUCACGUAUUUACAGUUAAUUCUAUAAGCAGAUAGAGAGACAUGAUUGGAGUUGUUGAAGCUAAAUAUCUCCAAAUCUACAGAAAUGAUAAAGGAAAUCUAAUCAAGCUUUAUUAGCUAAAUCACACAAGAUUUGAGUUUAGAGAUUUAAUCUGUAAUCACAGUAUGUACUAUUUCUAAAAGGAAUACAUUCUUGUCAUUACUAAGAAGACAGUUAUCAAGAUUAAUGUUGCAACUAGUACCAUUGAAUAAAGCAACCUUAAAAAUAGCGUAAAGUUCGGUGGAAACUGCUUGAUUGAUGCUUCUACAUUCUAUUUCUUAACAGAGGGUGAUGAAGAGGGAACCUCAAAGUUAGCUAUUGCAGAAACACAGUCAAUUGAAGCUUCGUUCUAGGAUCUAUCUAAAGAUGAGAAAAAGAGCGCAAUUGCUGAUUAGGAAAAUUCCAAGAAAAAUAAUAGAUUAAUGUAUCCCACCUGGAACUUUUCAAGUCCAAUCAGAAGACUUGAUUAUGAUGAAUAUAAUGCUGUUAUGAAUCUGUAACUUACAAACUAUGAAAUAGUCCAAGUACCUCUCUUCCAUAGAAAUACAAUGCACUUCAUAGGAAUGGCAGAGAGAUCAUUCUACCUUGCAUUCAAGAAGCAUCAUGAGAGGCUCUACGCUCUUGACAAAAACAAUUAUUUGAACUGCUGGUCAAUGGAAAACGGACAACAUUUGUCAAAGCAAUACGUAACAAGUGGUGAUUACAGAUAUUAUGAAAACGAAAAGGAUUUAUAUGAUAAGGAUUGGUUCCCAUUCACAUUGAUUUAUAGACCUAACUAAGCCUCUCCAAACAGUGUUGAAGAUGAAGGUGCUUAAUAAUAUAGAACAUAUAAGGUUAUUGAUAUUGAUGAGAGAGGAAGUCUAUUUGAAUGGGUUACAUUCGUGCAUCCAGUUAACAAGUAAAUGAAGACCCAUCUUUAUUUCAACACCGAUCUUAAUCUAAUGAUUGAAUUACUAAUCCCAAAGCAUGGAUCUGCUAUCUACAACCUAUAUCAAAUGGAAAAUGUCAAUACUCAAAAAUGGAAGUUCAUUAAGCAACUUAAUCUUGAAAACAAAGAUAUUGAAUGGCAUCAUAAGAGUCUAUUCCCAUAUAAUAUCAAUUAAAAGAACUUUGAGAUCAUCAAUCAAGAAAGUAUAAAGGACUACGACACUUACAAGUUCCUUGAUAAGGAAAGAAUUAAAAUCCUGAAUACAUAAGAUGGAAUUGAAAUGGUCUACAAUCUACAGGAUUAAAAUAUUGAAGGAUACAUGGCUCUUUAAUACUCAUUCACUAAUACCAAGGAAAGCUUUUACGACAAGAAAUGUGGACAUUUUUACAUAUAAGAAGUUACUUCAAGACUCCAAAAUUUCUAUGAAUAAUUAAGAAGAAAGAUUUAUCUUAACAAAAAGACAAGAUUCAGGCUCAGAUCAUUGGAUGUUUCAGCUAGAGACUAUAAAUACAAGUAUGUGAUUGAGCAAAGUUAUUCAAACUUGGAUUAUUAAUACUACUAGUAAUAUAUCCAAGGUAAAGAGAAAGCACUAUUAAAAACUUUUAAAUCCAUGUCUAGCGACCAAAUCCAAAGGUUAGUUCACAACAUUUUUCCAGGUGGAAAUAAUACGAUUCUUCAUUACAUUGCUGAAUCUGAUAUUGGAUUUGAAUCGAUCGAUCAUUUGACUCAGUUAGCUAAGAAAGAAGGAUUCGUUGUUCCAUUUUUGUUAAAUCUAGAGCUUUUAACCCCACUAGACAUAACUGUGAACAAAAAAGACUUUAAGUAAACUAACUCAUUAGUAAAGAUGCUUUCAAAGACACCAUUAGAUCAUCACUCAAGACUCCUUAGUCAUUUAGUACCAAAACUUAUUGACAUGAAUCUACCUGCUCUCGAUAAAUACUUCGAUCGCAGAAAGUUCCAAAGUGGAGUUUGCAAAUCAAUAACCCUUGGUAGAAUAAAGAUAGAUGAUGACAAGGAUUUUAGAACUAUCCCAACAACAUUACUGAACGAUAGCGCUGAUUAAGUUAAUUAAGCUUUAAUGAAUCCAAAGUCUAAAGAAUAAUCAAUCAAUCUUGAAAUCCUUGAUGUUCCUCUCCAUUAAUUCAAGGGAAAUGACUAUGGAAAGUAAGCAUAAGUUGAGAAUGCAGUGAAUGAUUACGAAAUAAGACUGGUUAAGAGUCUUGCAAAUACUGCAAACUAAGAUCUUUUCUAAUAGAAAUCAGUAAGAGCUUUUAUUGAUUAUAUAUGGCCUCAUUCAAGACAGCUUAUAAUGAAGAACCUUUUCCUUCCAUAUUUAGCAUUCAUCCUCUACUAUAUGAUUUAUCUAGUUGUUUUGAAGAAGCUCAACAUUACUCAAGAGAAUGACCCAACAUUCUUUAACUUCACUGCUGGAAUGUUUACACUUUAUGAUAUUAUGUUCAAGAUAAUCUUAUUCUUGGGAUGCUUCUACUUUUUCUAUCAAGACUUCCUCCAAAUCAAAAGUUUCACUAACAACCCUGUUGUACUUUGGAGUUAUGCUAACAUUUUCCCACUCAGUUUGAUGAUCUUUAUCAUCGUAUAUGACUUGUUUAUUGAAUCUGCAAAUCAAGAACUUGAGAAGACUUUCUAUUCAGCUUCAUCAUUCUUUAUUUGGAUAAGAGUUAUACACUUAUUAAAAUGUUUUGACCACACAGCCUUCUUGCUCAGAAUGGGAGCUGGUAUCCUUCAUAGAAUGAGAUACUUGAUUGCUUUUAUUAUUGUCUCCCUACUUGCUUUUGGAUUCACUUUCUAUUUCGUUUCAGAGUUUAAUACUCCCAAGAAUUCAGGACUAUUCAUUGCUGAAACACCUUAUGACGGAAUCGGAUAUAUGUUCCAAGUACUACUAGGUCAAUAUGAUACUGAGAACUUUAACAACGUUUAUCUCUCAAUCUUGCAAGUACUUGUGAGUUUCUUCAAUGUUUUCUUUAUUUUCACUUUGAUCAUUGCACUUUCAGCCUCAUCAUUCAGCAGAGAUAGUGACAUCAAUAGCAAUGAAGCCUACCAAGAUAAGGCAUCACUUAUAGCUCUAUACUCAUACUUAAUGGGUGAAGUUGCUAUCAGAGAGCCAGCUAAGCAAUAUUUACUGCUUGCCACUGUGACUGAGGGUAAGAAAGGUAAGAAAGGAUCAUUUGGCUCAGCCGGAUUUGGAGACUCAGCUGAUAUGAGAAUGGUUCAAGCCAAGAUGCUUAAGACCAUGGACAGAAGACUGAACAAUCUCACUAACAAGGUUGAAAAGACCUUAAAAGAAAUCUCAGAUAGACUGGAUACUGUGACCCAGUAACAGAGGAAUGACUGA